AUGCAGGCAAAUAAUGCUGAGAUUGUAGGUGUGAAGUCUGUCACCCUAGAGAUGAUUGUCUACAUAUGUGUCCAGGCAUGCUUUUUUAUUUCAACACUUGAAACCUUUGGCAAGGUCCAGGACACACUUAAUUGGUGGGAUGGGCAGGUUUUCGGCUCCUCUGGUGAAUUGCUCACUAUUGAACCUGAGGAGGACAAGGAGUCAUUGAUUGCAGCCAUUUUGAGAGCUUGGAAGGCUUGCAAAGGGUGUGGACAGUCCCAAGCAGGAGGAUUGGCUGGCCAGGGUCAAGGACUGGCUACUCAAACGUAA